GGGAAAAAUAGGCAUAAGAACAGCUGUCAAAACCAUAAUUCCAUAAAAAAAUUCAAAAUUAGAGCAGAGCAAACAACAUUUUUUUGGUCGUAUAUUUCGCCAACUUUCGGCUCUCAAAAUUAGUCUACCUCGAAAACCCCAUAUUGCACUCUGCACUUGCAUUCUGUAGAGUUAGAUCCAAAUUUGCUACAGCUAAAAUACGAGUGUGUGUAUCCACAAAGAUGACAAUGCGCCUAAAUUUAGAUGCUAUACUGAGAAAUCAGAUGCUAAUGCCACAAAAGAGCCAAGACGAUACAUACUACAAAGAUAGGCAGAGGCUGCGGCUAGGGCAGGAGAAUACGGCCGAUCGCUACUUCACCGAUAAAGCGGAUGUAAAAAGUCGUGUUAAUUCCAUGAUGGCCAACAUACACCAGCAUAUGAAAACCACCACUCCGCCGCGCAAAGCCGUGCCCACCAUACCUGCUGCUAUUGCGGAAAUACCCCCACCUCCUACUAGCGCACCCAAAUUAUCGAACUCCAAGAAAAUACGACGCAUACGAGGCGGCGCUGUUAGCUCUGUGACGGCUAGUAAAACAAUGCCCAUGUCGCAGGUGAAGGCUCGAUUGAAUCGACAGACGCAGCAGGUGAUGAGACGUGGCUAUACGGAAAUUGGUCCGAAAACCUUUACCAAUCAGCGGCGCAUUCGUGAGGUCUUGCUGCAAAAAACUGUGCUAGAGAAUAUGUUGUUACAGCACAAGAGAUUGCAACGCGACAGGCAAACGAUUGCGUUGGAUAUACAGCGAAUGCGACAGGAUCUCGAUCGUAUUAAAAACAAGCUUGAUACAUCGUUGCAAGCGCUGAACUCCACACGUACUCUUUACACGGGAUUCACCAAACACAAAAAGAAUGCGGCACUCACAUCAGUGCCGUCGAAAUCUAUUCUUGAAGGUCCCGGCACGACUAGAUCAACCGUAACCAAAACCAAACCCGUUGUCGCUAAACUCGGUACUGUGUCUGCUAAACGUCAGCAUACGGGAGCAAAGCGGCGCAAUCGCGUUUAGGUCUCUGAAUAUCCA